AUGUUCCAACAAGAGCACAACGGGCAGAGCAACGAGCAAAGCGACUCCACCACGGCCGACGAUAGAGACGGAAUGUAUGCAGCGGCGAUUCAGCCUCCAAUUGAGAUGCAGCGAACGCUGGUAUCGAUCUAA